AUGCCCAAGCCCCUGGUCGAGUUCGGCAACAAGCGUAUGAUUCUGCACCAGAUCGAGGCCCUUGCGGCAGCCGGUGUUACCGACAUCGUUCUCGCCGUCAACUAUCGCCCUGAAAUUAUGGAGAAGUACUUGGCUGAGUACGAGAAGCAGUUCGGUAUCAACAUUACCAUCUCUAUCGAAAGCGAGCCGCUGGGCACUGCUGGUCCCCUGAAGUUGGCCGAGGACGUCCUCAGGAAAGACGACACUCCCUUCUUUGUCCUCAACUCCGACGUUACCUGCGAAUAUCCCUUCAAGGAGCUCGCCGCCUUCCACAAGGCCCACGGUGACGAGGGUACCAUUGUGGUGACCAAGGUGGAGGAGCCUUCCAAGUAUGGUGUCGUCGUCCACAAGCCCAACCACCCAUCUCGCAUCGACCGCUUCGUUGAGAAGCCCGUGCAAUUUGUCGGUAACCGCAUCAACGCCGGCCUCUACAUCUUCAACCCCUCAGUUAUUGACCGCGUUGAGCUGCGGCCCACUUCCAUCGAACAGGAGACCUUCCCUGCCAUGGUCAGGGACGGCCAAUUACACUCUUUCGACCUUGAGGGCUUCUGGAUGGACAUCGGUCAGCCCAAGGAUUUCCUGACGGGUACCUGCCUCUAUCUUUCCUCCCUUACCAAGAAGGGCUCCAAGGAGCUCGCCCCCACCACUCUGCCCUACAUCCACGGCGGCAACGUUCUUAUCGACCCCUCAGCGAAGAUCGGCAAGAACUGCAGAAUCGGACCCAAUGUUACCAUUGGCCCCAACGUUGUCGUUGGCGACGGUGUCCGUCUGCAGCGCUGUGUGUUGCUCGAAGGAUCCAAGGUCAAGGACCACGCUUGGGUCAAGAGCACCAUUGUUGGCUGGAACAGCACGGUUGGCAAGUGGGCCCGUCUCGAGAACGUAACAGUUCUCGGCGACGAUGUCACCAUUGGCGACGAGAUUUACGUUAACGGCGGCAGCAUUCUGCCACACAAGACCAUCAAGGCCAACGUCGACGUACCGGCCAUUAUCAUGUAA